GAUAAAAGUACAAGAUGGCAGCAACGAAGUAUUGCGUCCUCGUAGCAAUUUUGGGUUUUGCAGCAGUUGGCAAUGCUGCCACCGCCGUCAAGGCAACCAAUAUGCAGAGCAUGAUUAAUGAGGAAACUUUAAAAUGCGAAAGCGGUGAAGAUUCAAUGGCGUGCAUUAAGGUUCGAGCAAUGAGAUUUCUGGAUACCGUUAUCAACAAAGAUACAUUCAAGUUUUCGGAUGUUGAGGUAAAAAGCAAUGGUUUCAAGGCCUCCACUGAAAGCAAGGCUCGUUCCAGCAGUGAUAACUUUUUCGAUGCCAUUGAAAAUUAUAUACAAGGUCACGAUGUAACCAUGGACUUGCCUAUUGCUGACGCUAAGGUCACAGUCUCCUCACGCAGUUUGGACAAUGAUGAGUUAAGCCUGAAUGUUAAAUUUGCCAAUAAUGACGUUGUUGAAGGCAAGGGUAAGAAGGGAAACAUCUUCAAGAAGGGCAAAAAGCAUCGUCUACGUAAAAUGAUUACACCAAUUAUGGUUCUGAUUUUAUUGAAGGCAAUGACUGUGAUUCCAAUGGCAAUUGGCAUAUUGAAAAUUAAGGCUUUCAAUGCGUUAGCCUUAGGCUUCUUCUCAUUCAUAGUAUCGGUUGGUUUGGCCAUUUUCCAAUUGUGCAAGAAGCUUGCCGCCGAACACCAUUCCGCCCAUAUUACCGCUCACGGACCUUGGGAUGGACGUUCAGUCAGUUCUGUCAUCGAAGCAUACCAACCAAUUGAAGAUGCACAAAAUUUAGCCUACAAUGCCUAUGCCUAAACCAUUUCCUACAUUUCCUACGUUUCCUAAGUUUAGUACAAUAGUCAACGAACCUUAAGUCCCUAAAAAUAUGCUAAGCACGUGAAGCACAUUCCGAGCGGA